GUCACGGGCUGGAAACUAUCGGCCAUCUCUAAAGACAACUAUUAAAUUGAUUAAAUUAAACGCAUUCGAAAACAGCAAGUGCAAACAUCGGAGAGUGCGAGUGCGUGUGCAAGCGAACAAAACUGGGUGACAUAAACUCCGUGCGGAUUAACAAAAUGAGCAGUGCGGAGCAGGAUAACAACGGAUUAUCCUGAUCCUGGACGCCCCGAGUGCAGUUGUGUGUGUGUGUGUGUGUGUGUGCAGUUCGUGUGCCAGUGACGACAUUGACCCGCCCCCGCCCGCCAUCGCCACGCCCCCUUCCCCCGUUUCGCUGGGGAAAAUGUGCCAUGCCAUUGAUGUUGUUGUUGUCCGUUCCCAGGCUGAGUUGGAUCAUGUAGCAUUAGGCGGUAACUAGGACACAAGGACAAGCCCAAACCGAGAAUACAGACCAUGUUCAACCGCCAACCGGCGAACGGAGGAGGCGCCAGUGGCCAGUCAGCUCCCGCCCCACCCACAGCUGGAGCUGCAGCUUCUGCUGCUGCUGCUUCUGGUGCUGCAUCUGCCCCGCCAUCAGGAGCCACUGCAUCCGGAUCAUCUGGAGGAUCUGGAGCACCGGCCAGCCAAUCGCCCGAUCUCUACCUGCGUCCGCUGCCCUUCCUGGACGCCAAAUGGCUGCGCGCCGAUCUCAUCGCCUCCCUGCGCAACGCCGCCGAUGGGGCAGUGCUCUGGAACCACCUGAUCCAGGACUGCGAGCUGGUGUCCUCGCCAUCGGCGCCGCUCCUCAAUGCCCGCGGCCAGCUGUCCUACCUGGGCGACGAUGGCAAGCACUACUGCGGCGCCCAGCAGCUCAAGUGCUCCUGCUGCCAGCCGGAGUUCUGCGGCCCACUCUCCGCCUGCAACUGCGACGGCUGCCGGCCGCUGGACUCGGACACGGCCAUCAAGAAGCUCACCACGCAGGCCGCCGCCCAGCAGGCGGCCCAUCUCAGCCAGGCCACCGACCUGGUGCUGAGCGGCUGGCUCUGGAGCCAGCCGCCAUCGCAGCAGGCGCGCCAGGAGUGCCAGCGCUCCAUGAUCUCCGAGCUGCAGGAGCUGGCCCUGCGCGCCGCCGGCAACUGCCUGUCCGCGCAGCAUCUCCGACAGCAGCUGUUCGUCUACGAGCGUUACUUUGUGGCCCUGAAAAGGGAGCGGGAGCGCCAGCCCGCGGCAAGCAAACCGGAUGUGGCCAGCAGCAAUGCCGGCGCCACCACGAGUAGCACCAUCGUGGCCGCCAGUAAUGCCACCAGUACUACCACCACCACCAAGGCUGCCAACUUGGAGCCGCAGCCGAAGGAGACGCCGGAGCAUGGUGCUCUGGGCUUGGCCCGUGUGGCCACUCGGGCUGCGCUGAACUUUAGCUUUGCCUUCCUGCGACGCGCCUGGCGCUCCGGUGAGGACACGGAGAUGUGCAGCGAGCUGCUGAGCGAGGCACUGGCCUCGCUGCAGGAACUGCCGGAGGCCACGCUCUUCGAGACGGCCGUCGUCUCGUCGCUCUGGCUGGAGGUCAUGGAGCGGUCCAUCAAGUUCCUGCGCCUGGUGGCGCUCGGCGACCCGAUGGGCGGUCGCUGCACCGCCCCGCUGAACGAUCGCCACACGGCGCUGUGCCUGCUGCUGGAGCUGGGCGUGCAGAAGGGCACGCUGGCCGCCACGCUCGAGUGCGUCGUGCUGCUGCUGCUGCUGUGGGAGAAGGAUCGCGCGGGCAACGACAACAGGGACAUGCCGCGCAAGACGGGCGCCCCGCUGCAGCGCAUCCUGCUGCGGUACCAGAAGAUCGGAGCCACGACGGGUGCCAAGGGAGUGGGCGGCAUCGCCGGCGGAGAGCCUGCUCCGGUGGCCAGUGCCACCGAGACCUUCCUGCGAUUUCUCUCGCUGCCCAAGAGCAGUGCGGCCAUUGUGGACCUGCGACGCGCCGCCGUCGUCAUCAUUUCGCAUCUGGACCGCCUGGUGCAGCCGCUGAUGCCGCGCUGCCUGCUCCGCACUGGCCACGCCCCCGCCCUAGCCCUCGACGCCUCGUCGUCCGCCAGUGCGUCGGCCCCCCAGCAGCGAGUCUACGCCCUGGGCUGGCCCUCGCUGUCCAAGGACCAGCAGGGAUUCAGCGCCGAGACGACGCUCAGCUGGAGCGGCGAGGCCACGGCGGUGCCGACGCUCGGCUGCCGAUUCCAGAUCAAGCAGGUGGCCUGCUGCGAAAGCCAGCUGCUCCUCCUCAGCCAGGAGGGCAAGCUGCACACCUGGCGCCUGGCCAAGCCGGAGGCGGAGCCGCUGCCCCUGGAGGAGGUCGCCCACGAGGUGUUCAUCAGCAUCGCCGGCCACUGCGAGGGACGCCACUUCCUGGCCAUCGACAGCAACUACAAUGCCUAUUCCUGGGGCACUGGCGAGGACCACCGCCUGGGCCAUGGGGACACACACGCGCGCGCCGUGCCCACCAAGAUCGCUGCGUUGGAGCAGCACUGCGUGCAGUCGGUGUACUGCGGCUGCUCGUACAGCGCGGCCAUCACGUGCGGCGGCAACCUGCUCACCUGGGGCCGCGGCACCUACGCCCGCUUGGGCCACGGGAACAGCGACGACCGCAGCCUGCCUACGUUGGUGGUGGCGCUGGCCGAGCACAUGGUGGUGGACGUGGCCCUGGGCAGCGGCGAUGCCCACUCGCUGGCCCUCACUGACGAGGGACUGGUGUUCGCCUGGGGCGACGGCGACUAUGGCAAGCUGGGCAAUGGCAACUGCAAUGGGAGCCUGCAGCCGAUCCUUGUCGAGUCGCUGCCGCGGGUGCAGCGCGUCUUCGCGGGCUCACAGUUCUCGGUGGCGUUGAGCCACGAGGGCCAGCUCUUCACCUGGGGCAAGGCCACCUGUUUGGGCCACCAGCUGGUGGAGCGCAGCGUGCAGGGCUGCAGUGUGCCGCGUCUGGUCACCAGCUUGCAGCACAAACGCAUCGUGGACGUGGCCGUGGGUGUGGCCCACUGCCUGGCGCUCUCCAGCAGCGGUGAGGUAUUCGGCUGGGGCCGCAACGACAGCCAGCAAAUCUGUCCCGCCUCCGUGUCCAGCGAACCGCUGCUGCGCAUCCCCAUUCUCGUCGCACUGCCAACGCUCCCGGCCAGCGGGAUCGCCUGCACCAGUGGCCAGAGCCUGGUGUGGACACAAAGCACGCACCAGGGCGUGCCGCUGCGUGCCCCCUUUGUAAUCGACCUGGGCGAACCCACGUUCCGGCUGCUCGACCAGCUGCUGGGCAUGUGCAGCAGCCAGGACAACCGGCAGACGCCCAACCAGGAGAGCGAAUGCAUUGCCGUGGCCUGCCUCAAUCUGGUGCGCCUCCAGCUGCUCGCCCUCAUCGCCAACGGCGUAGAGCCGCGCCAGGUGGGUCUGGCCAGUGGCAGUCGCCUGCUCGGCAGCCUUAAGGCGCGCAUUCUGGGACUGGCCGGUGGCAGCCAGGUGCUACGCACCAUCCAAGUGGCAGCACAGCAGGCACUGCAGGACGGAUGGAGUGUCCUGCUGCCCACAGCAGCGGAGCGUGCCCAGACGCUCACCUCGCUGCUGCCGUCGGAGCCGGGACAGGCGUCCUCCGCCGGGCACCGCUUCAUGACCGACCUGCUGGUCAGCUCGCUGAUGGCCGAGGGCGGCCUGGAGUCGGCGCUGCAGCACGCCAUCCGGCUGGAGAGCAGCUCCUGCUCCUCCGCCGACUGCGGCGACGGAGUGCACCUGCCCCUGCUGCAGCUGAUCACCCGGCUGCUGGGCAACAAUGCGGCGCUCUCCCAGACCCGACUGUCGCCCGCACUGGGCAAGCAUCAUCAGCAGCAGCUGCAGCAGAUGCAGCAGGAGAAGGAGGAGGAGGAGCGCGAGCAGCAUGGCCACAAGCACCAGGAGCCGAGCACCAGUCCCAGUUUGAGCCUGCUGCACCGCUUCCAGCGCCUGCUGCUGGCCCACAUCCACCAGGCCGAGCCCGAGGAGGAGACCACCGGCGCCGAGGCGCUGCUGCUGCAAUACCUGCACGCCCUGAUCCCCGCCUGCGUCGGCACCCUGCAGAAGGCCCACGAGCUGGCGCUGCAGUGUCGCGAGCAUCCGGCCGAACAUUCGCUGGGGCCGCAACUGGGCCAGCAAGUGGGCCACCUGGGCCGCAUCCUGCAGGCGGACAUCUCAGACGCCCUGCUGCACGAGCUGCUGGUGGGCCUGGUGCUGCUGAAGCGAGAUCGGCCCCAGUGCCUGGGCAACCUGCGGUGGGCGCGGCUCUUCCUGCCGCUGCUCCGCGUCCUGGACCGACUCAAUCGGGCGCUGGGCGAGGGCGAGCUGCGCGACGGCGACGACAUGGGCUGGCCCGGCAUCAUCUGCCGCGGCGGACCCAAGGGCCAGGGACCUCCGCCCGCGGACCCCGAGACCCACUAUGUGCGCCGCGCGGACAUGGAGAACCUGCUGCUCGACGGCACUCGCUGUAUCAUUUUGGCCGGCUACGUAUGCGAUCUGACUGGAUACAGCUGCGAGUCGGACACACUGCGCAGCAUUUUGGACUCGGGAUUGGGUAAGGAUCUCACGGCCGAGUUGGGUAGCCAGGCGGCGCUCAGGAGCGCCAUGGAGCACAUCCUGCAGCACCACAAGCUGGGCAAGUACAUGGCCCAGGCUAGCACGGAAGAGAAGUCAUCGGCGCCGGGACCCAGUCGACUCACCCACUUCAGCUCGGAGUGCGCCUUGGCGCAGCUGCUGGGCCUGGUGGCCAACCUGAUGUGCAGCGGACCGGCCCUGCAGCCGGCGGAGCUGCAGUGCCGCCAGCUGGACAAGUCCAGCCUGCUGAGCGGCGGGCUGCAGCUGCUGCAGCCGAGCAAUCCGUUCGACGAGGAGAAGGGCGAGGCGAGGAGCAGCCACAGUUGCCACAGCACGGCGGGCAACACGCCCACGGAGCAGCCGCCGCCACUGCCGCUGCAGCAGCAGAUGCAGCAGCAGCUGGCCGCUGGACGCAGCAAGUCGCAGCUGCAGCAGCGGGCCGACGCCUUCGUCGCCGGUUUGGCGGAGGCCAGGCUGCUGGAGCCGCCGGUGGCCGCCUGGCUGGCGCUCACCGAGCGCUACUGUAAGGCCCACAACCUGAUGUGGCACCAGGAGUUCUCCACGGAGCAUCCCGUCCAGGAGCUGGAGCGUCUGCUCAGCGCCGUGCUCAUCCGGCAUCAGUAUUUGGGCGGCCUGGUCCUGAGCGCCCUCGAAGCGGAGUCGUCGUCGCCCCCGCCUCGCCAGCUGGGCGAGAUCAUACGGCUGGUGCACCAGGCCAAGUGGUCGGUGGUACGCACGCGGCAGCAGCUCAAUCGCAGCUACAAGGAGGUCUGCGCCCCCAUCCUGGAGCGGCUGCGCUUCCUGCUCUACGAGGUGCGCCCCGCGAUUAGUCCGCAGCAGCGCGGACUACGACGCCUGCCCAUCCUGCAGCGACCGCCGCGAUUCCGGCUGCUGGUGCGUCGCCUGCUGCAAGAGCUGCGCUCUGCGCGCCAGCCAUCCAAGCCAGCCAAGCCGGAGGAUCUGGUCAAUGCCUCGAUCCAGCAGGAGCAGGAAAAGAAGCCGCAGCCGCCGCCACAGCCACAGCCGCAACCCAAGCUGCAGCUGGAAGAGGAGGAGGAAGAGCAGCAGCAGCAGGAGGAGGAGGAGACGCUGCUGCGGCGGCUCAACGAGCGGCAGAUCCAUGGCGAGGGCGAACUGGAGCCGGCCCUUAUGCAGGACAUCGUGGACUUCGCUCUGCAGGACAGCUGCGACGUGGAGACGGCCCGCCGGGCCAUGUACUGCCAGAUGCAGCGCUACCAACUGCGGCUAGCCGGGCUGCAGCUGGUCCAGCAGCUGCUCGAGCUGCACGGCCUGCUGGACGCGGCCCAAUACAGUCUGCUGAACGGCUUCCUGGGCCUGCACCUGAAGUCCUCGUGCGGAUCGAGCGGAUCCGGCAGCUCACUGCAUGUCCUGGGGCAGCUGAACAUGAUCAGUGCCUACCAGAAGGCUCGACUGCUGCUGGCCCAGGCCCGCGUCCUCGAUUGGGCGGUGCGCGAGCUGCGCCGCCUGGUCAACCAGGAGCAGCAGGGCCAUGCCCGCGGCAAGGAUAGCACCAACCUGGGCACCUAUGUGCUGCUCAAGCGCCUGCCGCGCGCCCGCUUCCUGCUGAGCGUGUUCGGCCUGCUGGCCAAGGAGCUGGGCCCCAACGAGCUGGGCCUGCUCAUCAACUCCGGCCUGCUGGGCACCGUGCUGGGCCUGCUGUCGCAGACGGGCGGCGAGGGCGUGGCCGGCGGCCAGGUGCACGGCGAGCUGAGCGUCCUCUACGAGGACAGCGUGCUGAAACAAAAGUCCAGCAAGGCGCAGCUCAGCGGGCCCGAUCUGGCCAAGCUCAUGAAGAUCGGCACCCGGAUUGUGCGCGGCGCGGACUGGAAGUGGGGCGACCAGGAUGGCAAUCCGCCCGGCGAGGGUCGCAUCAUCAGCGAGGUGGGCGAGGAUGGCUGGGUGCGUGUGGAGUGGUACACGGGAGCCACCAACUCGUACCGCAUGGGCAAGGAGGGCCAGUACGACCUGCAGCUGGCCGACAGUGCCCUCAACGUGGCCUCGCCCACGGAGCCGGAGCGCGAGGAAGUCGCCGGCAGCGAGGCCUCGCCCAGCAGCGAUUCGCAUCCCUCCAAGCUGCUCCGCCAUUGCGCCGCCAAGCUGCUCCAGAUCCUCGCCGUGGGCAGCGGCCUGCACGGCGCCCAGUUGGACAAGCACGCCCUGCGCGGCAUGACCAGCAUGUUCCGAGCCAUCGUCUAUCCCAAGCCAUCGAUGACCGGCAUCUCCCACUCGCUGGGCUGGCUCAAUCUGGGCUUCAUCCGAGCCAUAUCGGGCGACUGUCCGCGUCUGUGCCUGGAGCUGAGCACCCCCGGCUGGCUGGGCCACUACCUGUCGCUGCUGGAGCAGCCGGCGGGCAGCGAGGCGGGCGUGUACCGGCAGCUGCACUGCCUGCGCCUGCUGCAGUUCAUCCUGGCGCAGUGGAGCGCCGCGGAGGAGGCGCGAAUGCCGGCGCUGGUGCACCAGCUGUUCGCCACCCUAGGCCGCAUCGCGCUCCACUGUCCCGGCGACGCCAGUCUGCUGCCCACGGCGGAGGGCAAGGCGCGCGUCCUGCUCACCGCCUCCCACUCGGGCAGCGUGGCCGAGGAGCUGGUGGCCCUGCUGCGGCGCCUGCACACGCUGCCCGCCUGGAACCCGGUCAUCAACUCCUUCCUGGCGCAAAAGCUCUGCGUGGCCGCCGAACUGCUGGCGGAGCACUCGGCGCACUCCCUACACUCCGCACGUGCGACGCAUGCGACGCCGCUGGACAGCGAACAGGUGUUCGUGCUGGGCGUGCUCGGUGCCAUCGGUGGCCAUGAUCUGCGUCCGCGCGUCGGCCUGCACUGCUUCCACGAGGGCGGCCACAUGGUCAUUGCCAGCUUCACGCCCAAGGGCCGAUGCCUUUUGGCCCCCGACGGUGGCGGUGGCGGUGGCGGUGGCGGUGGCAUGGGAACUGGAACUGGCAGCAUCCAUGGAUUCGCCAAGGUGCCGCUGGCGGCGGUGAUGCCGCACCUGGACCACAGCGUCUUCAGCCUGAGCCGGCUGCCCAUGAACGAGAUGCUGCUGAACGCGUGGACGGUGCUGCUCUAUGGCCCGGCGCCGGAGCUGCGCGAGCAGCUGCCCACCAGUGCGGAUGGUCGUCUGGACCUGGCCCUUCUCCGCGCCCAGCAGCUCCAGAUGGCCGUGCUGCACACAAAUGGCGUGCUGUACCGCCACCAGGCCGCCCUGCGUCGCAUCCUCAAACAGCGCGCUCCGGCGGCCAGCAUUUAUGCCUCCACCACUGAUGCGGAUGCUGAUCCCGAUCCGGAUCCGGAUCCAGACCGCAGUGAUGCGGACUCACAGCAGGCGGGGGAGCACGAGAGGGAGAGGGAGCAGGAGAGGGAGCCAUCCGCGGGCAGUGGCGGUGGCGGCCAGGAGGCCCAGCUGCUAAUACAGUGCAUCCUAUUGAGAGCUACACAGGCCUCGCCGGUGAAGGCCUGCUACAACUACAUGGAUCUGGCCACGGCGGCGCUCAACUGCAUCCAAUCGCUGGCCACGCAGGCGCACCAAGAGCUGAGCGAGGGCGGACUUGGGCCAGCCGAUGGCCACUCACUCACACCCCAGCCCACGAUGGUGCACGGCGUGCCCGUGUACAAUGUGUCCACGGUGGCCAAUGUGGCCCGGAAGGCGGAGCAGAGACCGCCGCAGAAGCUGGAGAUGGACCCAGUGGAGGUCAAGUCGAAGUGGACCGAUGCCCAGCUCACCAACCAGAUCAUGGAGAUGGGUUUCACGCGACGCACCGUGGAGCUGGCCCUCAAGCAGCUGUCGUUGCAGGCGGAGAUCAUGCCCACGCCCGAGCAGAUUGUCCAGUGGAUCCUCGAGCAUCCGGAUGUGUGCGCCAAUACCAUUGAGGAGGACACACUGCCGCUGACUGCCUCAUCGUCCCACGAUCCGGAGGCGGACUCGGACAACGAGUGUCCCAGCUCGAGUGCCUCGACCUCCUCCACGUCCUCCUCGGACACAGUGGAGGGUCAGCCGGUGGCAGCCAUGGUCAGUGAGGCCGCUGCUCCGCCCCUGAAGUUCCAGACCCGCAAGGACUUCCAAACCGCCGAUCUCUAUGCCCUGUAUGUGCGCGGACUGGUGCGACCCGGCAUGACGGUGCGCUGCUGCCGCGACUUCGAGGAGAUCAAGCUGGGCGACAUGGGCACCGUGCUCAUCGUGGACACCGAGGGACUGCACGACCUCAACGUGCAGGUCGACUGGCGCAACCAUGGCAGCACCUACUGGGUGUGCUUUGUCCACAUCGAACUGGUGGAACUGCCCGCCCAGUCGCAGGCCCAGCCACGCCCCCCGCCCAUCGCGGUGGGAGCCAAGGUGCGGCUGCGCAGCUCCUCGCUGCGCUACGGCCUGUUGUGCCAACUGCGUCUGGGCCGGAGCCAGGCGACUGGAGUGGUGAGCUCGGUGCACGGCAAGCAACUCACCGUGGACUUUCCGGAUCAGCAGCCCGCCUGGCAGGGUCACAUCAACGAGGUGGAACUGGUGGCCCCGCUGGCCAUGGCCGACUCCUGUGGCGGCCAUCAGCAGCAGCAACUUCUGGCAAGCAGCAGCAACAGCAACAGCAGCGAUCUCAUCGAGGACUGGUCCCGCUGCAUCCGCUCGCUGACCGUCAGCUCGAACGAGGCGGCCGCCAAGCAUCUGCUGAACGGCAGCAACCAGCCGUGGCAGAGCUGCUCCAGCGGUCCGUGCCGCCACUGGAUACGGCUGGAGCUGCACGACCGCAUCCUCGUGCACAGUCUGGAGCUGCGCGUCAGCGCCGAGGACCACUCGCACAUGCCCUCGCUGCUGGAGAUACGCGUGGGCGAGUGCGUGGACAGUUUGAAGGAGUACACGUGGAUACCGGUGCCGGCGGGCGCCAGUCGCGUGCUGCUCAUGCAGCAGGUCCCCACCUACUAUCCCUGGGUGGAGGUGGUGGUCAAGCAGUGCCAGAACAACGGCAUCCAGUGCAAGGUGCAUGGCCUCAAGUUCGUGGGUCGCCGCCAGCAGCCCGACAUCCAGCACAUCCUGGCCAAUGCCCAGUUCCUGGCCAGCGAGUACAGUGCGCCCGGCGGCGCUGGCUCCGGAUUGGUCAGCACAUCGCUUGGCGAGACGGACGGCGGCAGUGCCGCCGAACAGGACCUGCCCUGCACCGUGAUGGUGUGGGGCCUCAACGACAAGGAGCAGCUGGGCGGCCUGAAGGGCUCCAAGGUGAAGGUGCCCACCUUCUCGCAGACCAUAAGCCGGCUGCGACCCAUCCACAUGGCCGGCGGCUCCAAGAGCCUGUUCAUCGUGAGCCAGGACGGCAAGGUCUAUGCCUGCGGCGAGGGCACCAACGGACGCCUGGGCCUGGGGGUCACCCACAAUGUGCCGCUGCCGCACCAGCUGCCCGUGCUGCACCAGUACGUGGUGAAGAAGGUGGCCGUCCACUCCGGCGGCAAGCACGCCCUCGCCCUGACCCUCGACGGCAAGGUCUUCUCGUGGGGCGAGGGCGAGGACGGCAAGCUGGGCCACGGCAAUCGGACGACGCUGGACAAGCCGCGCCUCGUCGACGCGCUGCGGGCCAAGAAGAUCCGCGACGUGGCCUGCGGCUCCUCCCACUCGGCGGCCAUCAGCAGCCAGGGCGAGCUCUACACCUGGGGCCUGGGCGAGUACGGCCGGCUGGGCCACGGCGACAACACCACCCAGCUGAAGCCCAAACUGGUGGCGGCCCUCGCCGGCAAGCGAGUGGUCCAGGUGGCCUGCGGCAGCCGGGAUGCCCAAACUCUGGCCCUCACCGAGGACGGGGCCGUCUACUCCUGGGGCGACGGCGACUUCGGCAAGCUGGGACGCGGCGGCAGCGAGGGAUCGGACACGCCGCACGAGAUCGAGCGGCUCUCGGGCAUCGGCGUGGUGCAGAUCGAGUGCGGGGCCCAGUUCAGUUUGGCCCUGACCCGCGCCGGUGAGGUGUGGACCUGGGGCAAGGGCGACUACUACCGCCUGGGCCAUGGCGGUGACCAGCAUGUGCGCAAGCCGCAGCCCAUCGGCGGACUGCGCGGCCGGCGGGUCAUCCAUGUGGCCGUCGGCGCCCUCCACUGCCUGGCCGUCACGGAUGCCGGCCAGGUGUACGCCUGGGGCGACAACGAUCACGGCCAGCAGGGCAGCGGUAACACAUUCGUGAACAAGAAGCCCGCCCUGGUCAUCGGCCUGGAUGCGGUGUUCGUCAACCGCGUGGCCUGCGGCAGCUCGCACUCCGUCGCCUGGGGCCUGCCCAAUGCCUCGCCGGAGGAGGAGAAGCGCGGCCCGGUGCCCUUCGGCAGCACCCGCGACCCCCUGGGUGGCAGCAGCCUGGGCAUCUACGAGGCCGAGGAGGCACUGCAGCCCGGCGCCACCAAGCAGGACGGCCGCCCGCCCCAUGCUGGCAGUCUGAGUGAGAGCCUGUCCGCCCUGGAGACGCCGGCGGCCAGGCAGGCGGCCCUCGGUCAUGUGCUGCGCGCCAUGAGCAUUCUCCAGGCGCGCCAGCUCAUCGUGGCCGCCCUCACCAGUCACAGCAAGGUGAACUUCAAGGAGAGGGCAGGCGGAGCGGGCGGAGGAGCAGUCCAGGAGGAGGAGCCCCACACCAGUGGCUUAAACUUGAUGGGUGGUGGAGCACUGGUGCAGCCCCUGCCGGAGACCAUAGCCCAGGGCGGUGGCGAGGCGCCCGCCGAUGCCGCCGAUGCCGCUGAUGCCGCGCUGCAGGAGCACAGUCCGGAUCCGGGCAUGGAGGUGCCUGCCCUGAUGGCCGCCGCCGCCCCCCUGACGGCCGGUCCACUGAGCGCCUUUCAGAGCCUCACCGGCUCCCUGUCCAUGUCGGGAUCGCUUUCGAGCAGCGCCCUGCCCAAUGCGCCACACAAGCACUCGAGGAUGUCGGCCAGCGCCAUGUCCGUGAUGGCCGCCACCAUGACGCAGCAGGAGGAGAUGCUGGCCCACAUGGGCCAGCUGCAGGAGAUGCAGGGCCACGGCCAUGGCCACGGGCUGGAGGACUUUGGCGGACUGCUGGGCGAGCCGGAGGCCAAGUCUCUGGUGGAGCUGCUCAAGCUGGCCGUGUGCGGCCGCUGUGGAGCGCCGAGCACGGCGCAGACCAUCGCCGACACGUUGAUCUCGCUGGGCGCCGGGACUCCGGCCGUGUCCGCCAUGCUGCUGGAGACCUGCAUCACGGAGCUGGAGGACCUGUGCACGUCGCGCCACUGCCUGGGCAAGCUGCCCAAGCCGGUGAUGCAGGAGAGCGGCCAUCCGUAUGUGGACAAUGUGAACGUGACCGGCGUGGUGCGCAUCCCGGGCGCCGAGAUGCUGCGCCUCGAGUUCGACAGCCAGUGCAGCACGGAGAAGCGCAACGAUCCGCUGGUCAUCAUGGACGGCUCCGGCCGGGUGCUGGCCAUGCGCUCGGGCCGCGAGUUCGCCCACUGGGCCCCGGAGAUCCGGGUGCCGGGCGACGAGCUGCGCUGGAAGUUCUCCUCGGACAGCUCGGUAAAUGGCUGGGGCUGGCGCUUCUGGGUGCACGCCCUCAUGCCGGCGGCCACGCUGGGCGAGAGCGGCUCGGACCGGGCCGUGCUGUCGCAGCCCUCGAUGGCGCUGGUCAUGUCGCUGCUCGACUCCCGCCUGGCGCCCCGCCAGAGCGGUGUCCUGCUGCGUCUGGCCUCCGCCCUGGCCGCCUGCUCCCAGCUGGGAGCCCUCACCACGGCGCAAAGGAUCUGGUCGCUGCGCAAGCUGCACGCCGUGCUGCUCCUGGAGCAGGCACCCCGACCGCAGGAUCCCUCGCUAUCUGCCCUGCUGCAGCCCCUCAUCCCGGAGCUGCUGCGGCAGUACGAGUACGAGGAGCCGCAGGUGCGCGGCGGCAUCCACCUGAUGCACUCGGACUACUUCAAGACCCUGGCCGCCCUGGCCUGCGACAUGCAGCUGGAUGCCACGCUCCCAGUGCAGGCUACUGCAUCCACCUCGGCAGCCACCACCACUGGCGAUGUGCACAAGUGGGCCUGGUUCAAGCGCUACUGCAUUGCCGUAAGGGUGGCCCAAUCCCUCAUACGCCGGACGGAGCUGCCGCGUCCCUUUUGCCUGGAGGUGCGCAAGAAGUUCGCCGAGAUGCUGCCCAGCUCCACGGGUUCCAAUUGUCAGGGACAGGCCCUGUCCCACACUGGUGGCCAGUCGCCCGGCCUGUCCAUGCUGAACUCCACCACCUCGCUGUCCUCCAGCACGGCCAGCAAUGUGUCGCCACCGCCGCAGGAGCAACAACAGGAUCAUCAUCAUCAUCUGGAGUGCUGCAGCAGCAGCAGCAACAGCAUCCUGCAGCACGAGGACCAUGCCCUCUUUCAGGCUCCCCACGAUGCCCAGCUGCUGCAGUGGCUCAACCGGCGCCCCGACGACUGGGCCCUGAGCUGGGGCGGAGCCAGCACCAUCUACGGCUGGGGCCACAACCACCGCGGCCAGUUGGGCGGCCUGGAGGGCAGCCGGAUCAAGACGCCGACGCCGUGCGAGGCCCUCAGCCUGCUGCGUCCGGUGCAGCUGGCCGGCGGCGAGCAGUCCCUGUUCGCCGUCACGCCCGACGGCAAGCUGUUCGCCACGGGUUACGGGUCGGGCGGACGGCUGGGCGUGGGCGGCAGCGACAGCUGGGCCAUACCCACGCUGCUGGGCUCGCUGCAGCACGUGUUCGUGAAAAAGGUGGCCGUGAACUCCGGCGGCAAGCACUGUCUGGCCCUGACCACCGAGGGCGAGGUGUACGCCUGGGGCGAGGGCGAGGACGGCAAGCUUGGACACGGCAACCGGAUGAGCUACGACCGGCCCAAGCUGCUGGAGCACCUGAACGGGAUGAGCGUGGCGGACAUUGCGUGCGGCAGUGCCCAUUCGGCGGCCAUCACGGCCAGCGGACAUGUGCUCACCUGGGGCAAGGGACGCUACGGACGGCUGGGACACGGCGACUCCGAGGACCAGCUGAGGCCCAAGCUGGUGGAGGCACUGCUGGGCUAUCGGGCCAUCGACAUUGCCUGCGGAUCCGGCGACGCGCAGACGCUGUGCAUCACGGACGACGACAAUGUGUGGAGCUGGGGCGACGGCGAUUACGGCAAGCUGGGACGCGGCGGCAGCGACGGCUGCAAGCUGCCCUACAAGAUCGAGAGUUUGGCCGGCCUGGGCGUGGUCAAGGUGGAGUGCGGAUCGCAGUUCUCGGUGGCGCUCACCAAGUCGGGGGCGGUGUACACCUGGGGCAAGGGCGACUUCCAUCGGCUGGGCCACGGCUCCGUCGACCAUGUGCGACGGCCCAAGAAGGUGGCCGCGCUGCAGGGCAAGAAGAUCAUCUCGAUAGCCACUGGAUCGCUGCACUGCGUCGCCUGCAGCGACGCCGGCGAGGUCUACACGUGGGGCGACAACGACGAGGGGCAGCUGGGCGACGGCACCGUGACGGCCAUACAGCGGCCACGGCUCGUGUCCGCCCUCCAGGGCAAGCACAUCGUGAAGGUCACCUGCGGAUCGGCGCACACUCUGGCCCUGUCCACGUCGCAGCUGAGCGAGCGGCUGCGCCCGCUGCCUAAUCCGCCGCUGGAGUACGACCUGGUGCGCGACCUCGCGCCCGAGGCCCUGCAUGCCCGCCUCAUCCUGCUGCACCACUUCUCGGAGCUGGUCUGCCCCUGCCUGGCCAUGCUGCCCAUCGCCGGCGAUUUGAGCCUGGGCUCGCUCAAGGACGUGCUCGUGUACAACAUCAAGGAGGCGGCCUUCCGCAAGGUCAUCCAGACGACGAUGGUGCGCGACAAGCAACACGGCCCCGUCAUCGAGCUGAACCGCAUCCAGGUGAAGCGGUCGCGCAGCCGCUGCAACGGCCUGGCCGGCGUGGACGGGAUGAAGAGCGUCUUCGGGCAGAUGGUGCAGAAGCUGCCACUGCUCACCCAGGAGGCUCUGGCCCUGCCGCAUCGCGUGUGGAAGGUGAAGUUCGUGGGCGAGAGCGUGGACGACUGCGGCGGCGGCUACAGCGAGUCCAUCGCCGAGAUGUGCGACGAGCUGCAGAACGGCAGUGUGCCGCUGCUGAUCAACACGCCCAACGGACGCGGCGAGGCGGGCGCCAACCGCGACUGCUUCCUGCUCGAUCCCACCCUCUGUUCCGUGCUCCAGAUGAACAUGUUCCGCUUCCUGGGCGUGCUCAUGGGCAUCGCCGUGCGCACCGGAUCGCCGCUGAGCAUCAACUUGGCCGAGCCCGUCUGGAGGCAGCUGACCGGCGAGGUGCUGCGACCCACCGAUCUCACCGAGGUGGACCGCGACUACGUGGCCGGACUGCUCUGCAUCCGCAACAUGGACGACGACACGAAGCUGUUCAGCGCGCUGGAGCUGCCCUUCUCGACCUCCUCAGCCCGCGGACACGAGGUGCCGCUGUCCACGCGCUACACGCACAUCUCGCCCAGGAACCGGGCCGAGUACGUCCGCCUGGCCCUCGGGUUCCGGCUGCACGAGUUCGACGAGCAGGUGAAGGCGGUGCGGGACGGCAUGUCCAAGGUGAUCCCGGUGCCGCUGCUCUCGCUCUUCUCCGCCGCCGAGCUGCAGGCGAUGGUCUGCGGCUCGCCGGACAUCCCGCUGGGCCUGCUCAAGUCCGUGGCCACCUACAAGGGCUUUGACCCGAGCUCGGCCCUGGUCACCUGGUUCUGGGAGGUGAUGGAGGAGUUUACCAACCAGGAGCGCUCGCUGUUCCUGCGCUUCGUCUGGGGCCGCACCCGCUUGCCACGCACCAUUGCCGACUUCCGAGGACGCGACUUCGUGCUGCAGGUGCUCGAAAAGAAUCCGCCCGACCACUUCCUGCCCGAGAGCUACACCUGCUUCUUUCUGCUCAAGAUGCCCCGCUACUCGUGCAAGGCCGUGCUGCUGGAAAAGCUCAAGUAUGCCAUCCACUUCUGCAAGAGCAUCGACACGGACGAGUACGCACGCGUGGCCAUGGGCGAACCCACCGAGGCGACCGGCAGCGAGGACAACAGCGAUCUGGAGUCGGUGGCCAGCCACGAGGGCUGAACCAGAACCACAAACCGAACCAGAAGAAGAGCCAGUACCAGAAGCACUGUCCAACCAGCCCAAACUGACCCAAUAUGAACAAGCGAAUACCCGAACAAAUACAGCAAGGAGCGGGGAUCAAAUGAAUCUCCCAGCUGAUCCUUAUGAUCCUCACCACUAGGACACACGAAGCCUUCAAGUUAAACCCACUCACGCCACACGUACACAUAUAUACACGUAUAAACAUAUAUUUUAAAUUAGCACUUGAAUCUGAGCAAGACGACGAAUCGAGCGAAAGAGACGGCAUCUAAAAGAAAGAGAAAGAGAGAGAGAGAGAUAGAGAGAAAGGAAUAACGAUCGUACGAUCGCGUAAUGAAACCAAAAAGCAAAGCGUUAAAGUUAUUUCCAUAUUAUAUUAUAUAUAUACAUAUAAAUUUAAAUAUAAAUGUUAGUUGAAGUCCACUCAUAAUUAUACACAAGGCUUAAACGUUAGACGCAAUCCAAUCCAAUCCAAACAAUCCAUUCCCAUCCACCCCGUUUCCGAAUCCGAACCCAGCCCAAAGCAGUUAAUAAGCUAAUUGAUAUUGAUAACCCCGAAAAACACAAAAGGGCUAAUGAUGAAUUAUUCAAAAGUUGGAUGCGCCCACAAGGCGCCGCAAAGAAAACUCUAUCUGAACUAAACUAAACUGAAGCUAAAUAAAAUAUU